AUGCUCAGAAGUUCAAGUUUGCAGUACCCAAAGGCUUUUUUCUGUGGUUUCAUUGUGUCAAGAAUUGGUAUUGAAGCGGAUCCGGAAAAGGUUCGAGCAAUUGCUGAUUUUCCAACCCCAACUAAUAUUACUGAUCUUCGCUCAGUCUUAGGGCUAGUGAACCAGCUAGCAGAGUUUACGCCGGCUAUAGCGUCGACUGCAAUUGUCCUCCGACCACUUAUGUCACCAAAAGCAUCAUUUAUAUGGACACCUGAUCACAGUGCAGCAUUCAGCAAGGAACAUAGUGAAAGUGUGUCACGACUAGUACAGUGUGGGUUGCGGUUUCUUUCUGACCAGACUCUAGGUAUAGUCGGCUCAAAAGAAGAAAUUUUAGGAUGUGUAUUCACGACAUUAUGGCGUCGUGGAAAAGAUCUGUGCAUCCCAGAUGCAUUGUCCCGUGCCCCUGUAAGUGACCCCACUUUUGAGGACACUAGUCUUGGAGAAGAGACCAGCAUUUGUGUUAGAAAUGUAGUUGCAAUGAAAAUAGCAAUAAUUCAUGCAAUCUCUGGACCAAGUACAAUGGACGUUCCACCAAACCAGCAGUGUGAAAAAGUUUCACACAUAUCACAUGACCCUAUUUUGGAAGAGUUACGGGAUGCAGCUAGGGUUGAUCCCAAUUAUGUAAAGCUUGUACAACAUGGAUCUAGAGGCUUUCCAAAGACUAGGACUGAGAUUGAUCCAGAGCUACUUCCCUAUUGGAAAAUGCGUGAUGACCUAUACCAAGAUGGAGUAUCAGUGUUAUAUGGUGCAUGUGUCCUGGUACCAGCAGUUCUCCACCAGAAAGUAUUAGAACGCCUUCAUGAUAGUCAUUGCAGAAUUGAGGCUACAAAGUGGCGGGCACGACAAGUUGUAUGGUGGCCUGCUAUAAAUUCUGACAUAACCAAUACGGUUAGAGCAUGUCAGUUGUGCCAGAUACUUUUGCCAAGUCAGCAAAAAGAACCUAUCUAUGAAGAGGACACAGUGCCAACAAGACCCUUUGAGUCUGCAUCAGCUGAUUUCUUCAGAACAGCUGGAAAAUCAUAUAUUGUUUAUGUCGACCGGUACUCUGGAUGGCCUGUGAUAGGACAUUGUGGGACAGAUACCACUACAGCAGCAACAAUACGCUUUUUUCAUACAUUCUUUAGGGAUCUUGGUGUACCAAUACGGCUAGGUACCGACGGUGGUCCACAGUUUACAAGCCAUGAUUUCUCUGAUUUUCUCCGCAGAUGGGGAGUCCAGCAUGACAUCUCCACACCCUAUUAUCUGCAAAGCAAUGGACACACGGAAGCGGCAGUAAAAGCUGUGAAGCACCUCAUAAUGAAGGUAUCUCCAACUGGCAAUAUCAAGGAUUGUGCAGCAUUUGAUCGGGGCCUCCUCGAAAUAAGGAACACACCACGUCUUGAUGGCCGCAGUCCAGCCCAGAUUCUCUAUGGUCGUCAACUUCGCUCAUGUGUCCCAGCCCAUGCAAAGUCCUUUGCAACUGAGUGGCAGACCAAAAUUAGAGAAUGCGACAGAUGCGCAGCUGCACAGGCCUUUGACGCAGUGGCACGUUAUAACACAAGAGCCAAACCCCUACCACCAGUCAAGAUCGGAUCAUACGUGCGUAUCCAGAAUCCUGUUACCAAAAGAUGGGAUAAAGUUGGAACCAUCAUGACUCAAGGGUAG